AUGGCUGGUAAAAACGAAUACGCGGAGCACACCGAGGAACCAGAUAAAAGUCCAAAUGCAUCGUCAGGACACGUAGAAGGGAAUGCCCUUCUCGUAGAUGCCCAUGGGAAUGUUAGGCGGCUUCCGGUUCCUUCCAACAACCCCAAUGACCCGCUCAACUGGAAGACCUGGAAGAAAUGGGGUGUUAUUGUGACCUGUUGCUGGUUCUCUAUCAUGGGACUGGCAUUGAUUGGUGGCCUGGGACCAAUCCUGGGAAUCUUCUUCCAACUCUACGGUCCACAGGGAUAUGGACCAUCUGAAAUUGCAUUUCUCCUUACUCUGCCGUCCCUUUGUGUUGGCCUCGGCAAUUUUAUCAUCCUCCCGGUAGCACUAGCGUAUGGCCGACGUCCAGUCUUCUUGAUCUCGACUGUUGUCCUUCUCGCCGCGACGAUAGGCUCAGCGGCCCAAAACAGCUAUAAUGGUCAUCUAGCAAGCCGUGUUAUGCAAGGCCUCGCAACCGGCGCUUCCGAAUCUCUGCUGCCGCUGAUGCUUACUGAAGUUACCUUCCUCCAUGAGCGCGGGCGUGUCUUUGGCUUAUACUGGACCGUCCAGAAUGUCCUCAGCAGCACGAUGGGCUUGACCAGCAGUUAUGAAGCUGCAGCUCUUGGCUGGAGAUGGUACUACUGGGUGUUCGCUAUACUUGUAGGCGCCGGACUGGUUCUAGCCUGUCUCUUCGGCUUUGAAACUCGAUUCCAGAGACCAGUUGUCAGUCUGGAUGGAAGAGCUGUGUUGACAGACGACUUUGGCGUCACGCAUGUCGUCCCUGACAGCGAGGCUCAGGAGUAUCUCGAGCGCCAUGGCAUCGAGGACCAGCAGGGAGACGAGGCUGACGUGCCUUUGAAGAGUUAUGCUCAGAUGCUUAAGCCGUGGGGCAGUUCCCAUAAGACACCGGGACAGAUCAUGUUGCUGUCGUUGCUCCGCAUGGCGCAGAGCAUGACUUCUCCCGCUAUUCUCUUCACUGUACUUGCCAGCUCAAUCACUCUCGCCUGCGUGGUAGAUGUCUCACUCACAUACGACGCCGUUCUUCAGCAAUAUGGCUGGAAUCCAAAAGACAUUGGGCUCAUCAAUCUGGGCGGCAUUAUCGGCGGUUUACUCGGCGCUGCAUAUUGUACCUUGCUGGGCGAGCCCUUCGUUAUAUGGAUGGCCAAAAGGAAUCACGGUAUCCACAAGCCUGAGCACCGACUAAUCGUCUUGAUGCCUGUGGCUAUCCUCGGAUUCGCAAUGCUCCUACUUUAUGGUUUCAUGGCAACCGCGGCAUUCGAAGGCGGUGGCUCGUACUGGGGGAUCCUGGUUAGCUGGACGCUCUUCCAGGUAACUUUUACCAGUGUCCUCAUUGUAACAACCACUUUCGCGGCUGAGGCUAGUCCCAAACACCCAGGACCAGCUCUUGUUAUGGUCAUUGGAACUAAGAACAUUGUUUCGUUUGGUGUUGCAUACGGACUAACGGAUAUGGUCGAACACGGCGGUUACACAUGGACCUUUGGGGUACUGGCUGGCAUCUUUGGGGCUAUUUUCGUCCUUGGAAUUCCUAUCUACAUGCUUAACCCGAAAUGGAGGGAGUAUGUUACAAGGGCUGAGGAGAAGAAGGGUAUUACUACUACAGACUAG